CGUGUUGACGCCAUGAAUGUUUAGUUGUUGAAAUAUAAUUUGCUUAGACGUUUAUUGUAGACACAAAAUAAAUAGACAGUACAAUGUCUGCCCAAGAACAAAUGAGGGCGAUGUUGGAUGAGCUGAUGGGCACAGCAAGAGAUGGGACCCCUUUCAUAUGGUCAGGUGUAUUGCAGUCAAAUUUGCCAAGGGUUUUAAGGUGAUGAAGUCCAAGCCGAGAUAGAUCCAGAUACAAAGUGAAGUUUGACGAUCCUCGGGUAUGUAAGAGUUUCCUGCUAAGCUGCUGUCCACACGAUAUUCUUUCUAGCACGAGAAUGGACUUGGGUGAAUGUCCAAAGAUCCACGACUUAGCACUUAGGGCUGAUUAUGAUCAAGCCUCAAGAGGAAAAGAUUAUUAUUAUGAUAUUGAUGCUAUGGAACAUCUCCAGAGUUUCAUUGCAGAUUGUGACAGAAAAACAGAAUUAGCCAAGAGAAGAUUGAAAGAAACGCAGGAAGAACUCAGUGAAGAAGCUAAUACAAAGGCUGAAAUUAUCCACCAGCUAGGAGAAUCGAUGGGAACCUUACUGGCCAAGGCAGAAGGAUUAGGACAGGAUGGUGAAGUAGAAGAAUCCAUGAAUUAUAUGGACCAAGUGGAAGAUUUAAAAAGAAAGAAAGCUCUUGCAGAGACUGAAUUUAGAAAUUCUAUGCCUGCUUCGAGUUACCAACAACAGAAAUUACGGGUCUGUGAAGUAUGCUCAGCUUACCUUGGUAUCCAUGACAACGACAGACGUUUAGCUGAUCAUUUUGGGGGGAAACUACAUUUAGGGUUCAUAACCAUUAGAGAUAAAUUAGAGGAUUUAAAGAAAAGUGUGGCAGACAGAAGAGCACAGAGAGAAAAAGAAAGAGAAGAACAGAAAUUAAAACGUGAAGAGAGAGAAAAAGAGGAAGAUGAAAAACGAGAAAAAAAUCCAAGUCGGAGUAGAAGUCGUUCUCGUGGUGACAGUCGAGACAGACGCAGGAGAUCAAGAAGUAGAGAUAGAAGGUCCAGAUCACGGUCAAGAAAGAAGAAGACAAGACAUUCAUCCAGAUCUAGGUCAAGGGAAAGACGCAGGAAGAAGCAUAGGCGUUCCAGGUCAAGAUCUCGUAGAUCAAGAAGUCGAUCCAGAAGUAGAUCUAGAAGGUCACGGUCAAGAUCUCACAAACGCAAAAGAUCUAAGAGAACAAGAAGUAGAUCAGGGUCUAGAAGUCAAAAUGUUAAAGAGGAAGUUAGGAAUGGUUCACACUCUCCAGUACCGCCAGCAGCAGCAGCGCCACCCCCGCAGCCUGUUGAAGGAGUGGAAGAAAAGCCAAGUGGUGAAUAGAAACAUUAGACACUUCAUUGACAUUUUUAAACCUGAUCAUGUGCUAUGUUGACAUCAUGUGAUUGUUGACAUUAUCAUGUGCUAUAUUGACAUUAUCAUGUGAUUGUUGAUUUGGAAAAAAACUCAUAUCAUUCUUAACUCUUGUUUUAAUGUAUCUUUAAUACCAUUGGAGAUAAUUUAAUGAAUUUGUCCUUAGUUUGUAAUGGUGUUGACCUUGAGUUGCAUAUUUUGAGUGAGAAAAUAUGAUAAAUCUAACACUGAUGAAUCACAAAUACUGUAAAAGUGCAGCAACUAACUGCAUUUAGAAACUUUAUAUAGAUGUUACAAAGGUAUAAAAACAUGUGUUACUAAAUGCUAUGUCAAAUGUAUAUCAGAUCAUUCAAAAAAUUUUGUUAACAUUGUUAUAUAAACAGGACAGGUGUUACUGCAAGCUGUCAGAGUUACUCUGAUUUGUCAGUAUUUGACACAAACUUGGUAUGGUCAAACGGUAUGAAAAAAAAUACCAUAAAUUUGGUAUGGUCAAAGGAUAUGCUAAAUACAAAAUUGAAAUAGAUCUUUAAUCUUUUAUGAAUACUUGUAAAAGGACUUUUGAGAGUGAUUCUGACAGGUCUGUUGAUUGGCUAUUACAGAAAUGAUUUUUUAUUUGUUAAUCAAUGAUUAUGCUCAUCUCAUGUUAUUGUAACAUUUUUCUAUAUGAAUCACAUCUGCAGUUAAAAUGAAUUCCAUUUUAUUUAAUGGCUUGACAUGUGAAUAAUUUGCAUUAAAGAUUUACCCUUAAAAAUGGUCACUUCACUUGAAAAACUUAAAAGAGAAAUCUGUUUCAGUUAUAUUUUCAUGUCCAUAUUUGAUUAUAGAAAUUUAUUUUAUAUUUGUAUGUAGUAAUUGAUGUGUUUUUUAUGGUGAUUAAUAAUGUACUUUCAAGAACUUGAAUCCCUGAAUACACAUUUUGAAGUUUUUAUUUACUGAAGUGAUUGUUGUUCAAAUGAUCUGAAUGUUACUGCAUACUUUUAACUUGCAAGAUUUGGUAUACAUGAUAUGAAUAAACCAUUUUAAAUUG